GGAGUACACGAUUACAUUGGUGAAGUCCGGGAGACGGCGGGUGAUACGCAACCGCUAUACCUUUUGGUUUCAAAUAUUACGGCAGAACUCAACUCAAAGUGUCUCAGUAUCAAAAAUACCAGUACAACUGAAAUCUGACAACCUAUUUAUUGGAUCUAACAUCCAGUUACUUCUUCUUAUCAGUGAUUUUUUUAAAAUUAAUUAAACAUACAAGAUGGUAUGUUCAAUUGAUGGUGAUCUUGCCGACGAGCUCCCUGCAGAACAAAUAGCAGUCCUCCGUAAAGCUUUUGAUAGCUUUGACAGAGAAAAAAGCGGAAGUAUCCCCACGGAUAUGGUAGCAGAUAUUCUUAGAUUGAUGGGACAACCUUUCAAUAAGAAAAUCCUUGAUGAACUCAUUGAUGAAGUUGAUGCAGAUAAAUCUGGAAGAUUGGAGUUUGACGAGUUCGUGACACUCGCAGCUAAAUUCAUCGUUGAAGAAGAUGCAGAAGCCUUAGAAAAAGAACUUCGUGAAGCUUUUCGAUUAUAUGAUAAAGAAGGUAAUGGCUACAUCCCAACAACCUGCUUACGUGAAAUUUUGAGAGAGCUUGAUGAUCAACUUACUGAUGAGGAGCUUGAUAUAAUGAUUGAGGAAAUUGAUUCCGAUGGUUCAGGAACUGUUGACUUUGAUGAAUUCAUGGAAAUGAUGACUGGAGAAUAAAUAUCCAACAACAAAGAAAUAAUAUCCAUAAAAAAAUAUCCAUCAAC